AUGGUCGAUCCUCUUCUAGACGAAGUCGACGCACAGAAAUGGACGUGCAUCAUCGAUGAUAACAAGUUAUUACGGAAGCUACUAGAGACGUAUUUCAUGACCGAAUACACUUUCUAUCCAGCCUUCCAAAAGAACUAUUUUCUGGAGGAUAUGGCAUCAGGUCGAGGCAAAUACUGCUCCUCUCUUCUAGUCCAUGCAGUCCUUGCAUCUGCUUGCCACGGCUACUCCAAGAUGAGUCAUCGCUCUCAGUUCUGGAAUCCACGGACUCUUGGAUAUCAAUUCCUUGCAGAGGCACGCCGACUAUGGGAGAUGGAGAUUGGCAAUGCUCGACUUACGACCAUCCAGGCUGCGAUUGUCCUAUCGAUUGUGCAUGAUGCCAAUGGCAGUGACGAGGUGGGGAGAUCUUAUCUGACCCAGGCCGUUGCGGCUGCGCAUGCAAUACACCUGUUUUCCACGCCGACCACGAAUAGCGAUGAUGCUGAGCAUAAUGCAAGAGCUUUCACAGCAUGGGCGCUAUUCGGACUACAGGCCGUCCACAGCUUCCACGUGUUCAAAGCACCACUACUAUCCAUGCCCCCUUGCAUACAACUACCUACACUAGACGACUACUAUGGCGACUUCGGGCUUCGUUAUCCAUCGGCGAAAGGACCUGCAUCGGUCAACUAUGCCCAUACCUUUCGGACAUUCUCUGAGUUCCGACUUAUAAUGAAUGACGUCGCUGCUGUAUUUUUCUCGGGUUUCGAGAAUACUCCGGAAACUACUGUGGAUAGGAUCAAAGGUUUCUGUAUUCGUCUUGACAGCUGGUAUCGAAAUCUUCCACCAGGUCUCAAAGCAACAGAAAUUUCCUUUUCAUGGCAGCUCAAGCUUCAUAUGCAUUACUACAACCUGACUGUAUAUCUACUAGAAACACUACGCAUGACAACUGCACCCGCACUAGUAGACGACAGCGUCAACAAGGUUUUGAGCGACGCCAAGAUAAAAAUGGAAACGUUGCUACGCUUAUACUAUCAACGGCACGGAUUCGAGUCUUAUGACAUAUUCAUCAUAAUUCUGCUGGUCUUUAUAGGUUUCAUGCAUGCUAAAACCUUGGAGAGUUCUGAGACGAUAGAUUUAGAAAGCCGAAGAUCGUCGGUCGUCCUUGUUGUCAAAGGUCUUGGAGAUCAAAGCAUCAACUGCUAUCUGGCCAAAGUAGUUUUCCGCCUACUGAAAGGUAGUAUUGGAAGCGAGAAUGACUCUCUGCUUAGAGAGGUGGGCGUUGUGGAGGAAGGGGGGGAGGAAGAGAAAGCAAUGGAGCAGCAGGUGAAUUCAUCCUGGCCCAUUGACCUGGAGUGGAUUGAGGUUGAUCCGGAGAAAAAUAGAUUAGACAAUGUCAUCAGGAAGACAAAACAGCUAGAAUUCUGA